AUGGCAAAUAAGAUACAAGUUCACGGACUCUUUGCAACUAAUAAACCGCGUGGUAUGACAUGCACGCAAGUUCUAGCUUUAAUCAACAAAGCCGCCCGCGCUUAUGCAGCAGCCACAAAAAUAGAAAUAACGCGUAGAAAGGUAAUCAAAUUAGGACAUGGAGGAACAUUAGAUCCAAUGGCAUCAGGAGUGUUGGUCGUGGGAGUGAAUAAUGGGACAAAAGAGUUACAAAGGUUUUUUAAAUGUGACAAGACUUACGAAGCCACUGCAAUGUUUGGUUUCCAAACUGACACUCUUGAUGCUGAAGGACGAGUUACAGAUGUGAAACCUGUGUAUAAUGGGGUUCAAGAGAAAUUACAAGCUAUUUUACCAAAAUUUAUCGGAGUCAUGAAACAGAUUCCACCCAUAUACUCUGCAUUGCGCAUGGAUGGCACACGCCUGUACGAAUAUGCUCGUAACAACGUUGAACUACCAAGACCAAUUGAAUCACGCGAUGUGCGUAUAGAUCGCCUAGAGCUGCUUGACUUUACUACACAACACAACUAUAAACCACCAAUACAAAAUCAUGCAGACGCCAUGUCAGAUGAAUCAAAGGCAACAAUGUCUACAUCAUCUAAUGCGUCACCAUAUCCGAUAUUUAAACUUAGGGUUCAAUGUGGUGGAGGGACUUAUAUUCGUUCUUUAAUUAGAGAUAUUGCCACGGAGCUCGAUACGGCGGCUCAUUUGGUGGACCUAGUACGAACACGUCAAGCUGAAUUCAUACUUGGAGAGAAUACAACAAAAUUCGAAGAUCUGGUUGAAUUUGAAAAUAUUUGUAAAGCAAUUAAUGAGCGUGUUGGGUUUAUAAGACAAGAUUCUGCCGACUCUAAAGUAUAA